AUGCUCGCAAACUGUGAUGCACAACCGACAACGGAAGCCAUGGACGGCGCGGCUAGCGAUGGGAACUAUCGGGACAUGGUUUGGCUUGACAAGAACCGCUUCGAGGGAUGCACCACUGCAGCCAUGGACCGCGCUGCGAGCAAUGGCUUAUUGGACAUUUGGCUGCACAAGAAUCGCACUGAGGGAUGCACCACUGCGGCCAUGGAUGACGCCGCGACAAACGGCCACCUCGAUGUUGUCAAGUUCCUACACGAAAACCGUUCCGAGGGCUGCACUACCAGAGCGAUGGAUGGCGCGGCAACUAACGGCCACCUCAACGUUGUCAAGUUCUUGCACGAGAAUCGCUCGGAAGGCUGCACCACUGCCGCCAUGGACGGCGCGAUAACCAAUAGUCGAGCGAAUGUCGCUCGAUGGCUGAAUGAGAACCGCUCAGAAGGCUGCUCAACCGCAGCCAUGGACAAUGCCGCGGGGCAGGGAUAUCUCGCCGCCGUCAAGUGGUUGAAGGACAAUCAAAAGGCAGGCUGCAGCCCUGCUGCCAUGAUCAACGCGGCGUCGAAGGGACAUUUGGAGGUGAUAAAGUAUCUGCACGCGGAGGUUAAUCAGCCAGCUACCAGUGCUGCGAUCACCGCCGCCGCGGAGAACGGUCAUCUUCGAGUAGUCGAA